AUGCGUUUGAACUAUGCAGUGCUGACAGCUGUUGUUGCUCUGUAUGCAAGCAACGACCUUGUUGCUGCUGAGACCACACGCGACUUGUUGUCUUUCGGUGAUUUCACCGAGGAGCGCAGUGCAACGAAGGCCGCUACUAAGACGAGUAAUGUAGUCUCCGACUCUGGAUCGGACAGCGAAUCCGGAGUCACUCAGGUACAGAACUCCGAUGUCACUCAGCUAGAGCAAGAUGCUUCCGAAAGUGACAGUUCGUCUCUGGCUGGCACGAAAUCUACCAAACCUACGAAGGCUACGAAGGUUUUACCAACGAAAAAGAAGGCGGCGGUCACGCCCGCCUCCGGAUCGAGUGAUGAGGCCAGUGGAUCGGAAGACUCCGAGUCGGGCGAUGACAGUGGAUUGGAGGACUUGUUGGCCUCAACAGACAUGAACGGAAGCGAGCUCAGCGGUAGUGAGCUAGACGCUUUGUUGAGCUCUUUGGGCGGCAGUGGCCUUGGUGAUUUCAGCGGCAGUGACCUCGGCCUUGACUUGUUGCUGUCUGGCUUGAGCGACAGCGACUCGGGCAGUGACUUGGAUGAUCUGCUCUCGAGUGACAGCGCGUCGGGUGAUGACUUGACCGACCUGCUCUCAGACGACAGUGAGUCGGACAGCGGCAGUUCUGUUGCUAUUAAGAAGAAAAAGACUGCGGACUCUGGAUCGAGCGAGGAGCCCAGCACCCCUGCACCUACCACCAGUACCAGCGAAGGAUCAGAGUGCCCCACCGGCUUCUUUGGUCACCUGAAGUCGUGGUGGAAGAACAAGUUUGGAAACGGUGACAAAUGCGCUUUGAUGGCCAAAUCUGACAAUAAGUCGGACCAAAACAAGGGCAACACACAAGAGGCUUCUAGUAGCAGUGGCAGUUCGUCUACCAAGUCGAAGAAGAAGCAGACGGUCGCGUCUGACUCUGGCUCGAGUGACGAUGCCAGUGGACUAGACGACUUGCUGGCGGGGUUGACUGACGAUGUCAGUGGAUCGGAUGCGUCGAGUGGCAGUGACCUGCUCGACAUGAGCGGACUAGAUGACUUAUUCUCCUCGGGCAGUCUUGACCUGGACGCCUUGUUGAGCUCUCUGGGUGGCAGUGGCGUCCUGGGUAGCGGCAUUGACGAUUUGCUAUCGGAUGACAGCGAAUCGGGCAGUGACGACUCGAUUGUCCCUGUUACGAAGGCGACCAAGAAGAAGACGGCGCUUGUCGACUCCGAGUCGGGCUCCAGUGAAUCGGGCAGUGAUGACUCGGUUGUGCCUGUAACGAAGGCAACGAAGAAGAAGACCGCGCUUGUCGACUCCGAGGCGGACUUCAGUGAAUCGGGCAGUGAUGACUUUGCUAUCCCUGCGACGAAGACGACCAAGAAGAAGAAGGCGGCGCUUAUCGACUCCGAGGCGGGCUCCAGUGAAUCGGGCAGUGACGACUUCGCUAUCCCUGCGACGAAGACGACCAAGAAGAAGAAAGCGCUUAUCGACUCCGAGGCGGGCUCCAGUGAAUCGGGCAGUGAUGACUUUGCUAUCCCUGUGACGAAGACGACCAAGAAGAAGAAGGCGGCGCUUAUCGACUCGGAGUCAGGUUCAAGUGACUCUGGUAGUGACGACUCUAUCGUCCCUGCAACCAAGACGACAAAGACGAAGAAGAAGGCCGCAUCCAGUGCUUCUACCGACGACAGUGACUCGGGCAGCGACUUGGGAGACCUGAGUGACUUGCUGCUUUCGAGCGCCAGCGGCUUGGAGACGGAGAGCUCCGAUGCUGAAUCGGCGAGUGAUGAGGACGACUUCUUGAGUGGCCUAUUUUCCUCGGCCGGCAGUGACUUGUCCUCGAGCCUCAGUGACGCCUCGGAGUCUUCCAGUUCUCAUAAGAAGGUCAAGACCAAGGCUCCAGCUACAAGUGCUGACACAAGUGAAGACGACUCGGGCAGUGACACUCCUUCCGAAACGGAGGCACCGGCGAGCACUCCGGCUCCAGCCUCCAGCGGCAAUGGAUCGUCAGAGUGCGGCACUGGCUGGUGGGCGAGCACGAAAUCGUGGUUCAAGAACACGUUCACUGGUGGUGACAACUGUAAGAAGUCCUCGCGUAGACUCCGCCUUGAGUAAGAAGUAUUCGUGAACAGUCCGAGAUUCUACGCAGUAUUCACUCAGACCAAUGCAUUUAGCAAUAAAACAUGA